AUGAAGUAUUAUGGAAAACCUGAGGAAGUUUACCCUCUAUAUAUUGUAAUGUAUGUCCUUAAUGGUUUUCUCUCGGUGACCUCGGUUUUCGGAAACGCAAGCCUAAUUUUUGCGGUAAGGAAAAAUUCAUCUAUUCCUUCGCCGACGCGAACUCUACUUCGAUUCUUGGCGAUAACAGACCUUACCACUGGGGUACUAGGCCAUCCACUCUACAUCGCCGUAAUUUCAAAAAUUCUGCAAAAUUAUAGCUGCGAGAACGUUCAUGAAAUUUUGCUAGCAUUUUUCCUGAUACAAGCUUCGUUAACUGGUUGCUCAUUCAUGGUGUUGACUUUCAUCGGAGUGGAUAGGUUUCUUGCAAUUUAUUUGCAUCUUAGAUACAAUGAACUAGUCACUACAAAGCGAAUAAUCACCGUGGUACUUGCGUCGUGGACUUUUUCCCUGGCUACCAUUUUCAUAUGUGUCUUCUGGUAUUUUAAAGUUGGAGAAGUGGUUUUGCUUAUUGUUGCUUACUGCUCCACGGUUUUGCUCAGCGUCAUAUACAUUAAACUUUUUCUUGUCGCUCGACAACACGCAGCGAGCAUAAACAGCCAGGCACAAGUGGCAAUGCAUCUGUCAAGUUUCACAAGCAUGGCUCGAAUCAAGAACUUAGCCAUCAAAACCUUAUACGUAUAUCUUGUAUUUUUGUUGUGUUAUUGUCCGUAUCUAAUCACUUUAACUGUUUUGCUAGUCAUUCCUCGGUCGAAUUCAGCGCUUAAGGGAGCCAUACAACUUACAACAGUUCAAAUGCUGCUCAAUUCAUCGUUAAAUCCAGUCGUUUUCGGUUGGAAAAUGAAAGAAGUUCGACAGAUCGUUAAGAAUGAUUUCAAA